AUGUCCAACAACCCACAGCUAGCAACGGUGGAGGCCAGCGGAGAUCAAGCGUCUGCCCCACCUCGACGUGGCCUGCACGCUCCCAAGCAUGGCUGGAUCCACGAAGCCAACAAGCGCGUCAUGGGUCAAACGCCCAAAGGAACGCCCUCAGCAACACCUCGACCUUCCAACGUCGCUUCACAACAAAGACCGGCUUCCGCAGAACUCGACCGCGAAGUCGAGACCAUCUUCCGCAGGACAGCGAGAUACGGAGGCGAUGAUCCUCGUGACCCUAAAGACCAUGCCUACGAGCCCGCACGCGAGCAAGACAGCCCCGAUAGCGACAGCGCCACGCGUGUGCCUCCGUCUCCAACCAACCCCAAGUCGAAGCACGAACCCCGCCAGCACGACGACAAUGACUCGGAUCAGGGUCGUCCUCGCGGCAACCCGGACGAGUCCAAGGACCCGAACCAGGUCGAAUGGGAGGGCGAAGAUGACCCGGAGAACCCACAGAACUGGUCGCAAAAGAGAAAAUGGAUGCUCACCUUGCUCGCCUCGUUCCUCACCGUCAACGUCACGUUCGCAUCCUCUGCUCCCUCCUCAGCGACACAACAGCUGGCACAGGAAUUCCAGAUCGGUACCGUGACGGCGACGCUCAUCACCUCGCUCUUUCUUGCCGGAUAUUGCCUUGGGCCGAUUCUUUGGUCGACCACGUCCGAGCUCGUCGGUCGAAAAGUGGUCAUGAUCGUCGCCAUGUUCAUGUACAUGCUCUUCAUCCUCGGACAGGCGCUCGCCAAGAACCCCGAGACGCUCUUUGUCACUCGUUUCAUCAGCGGUGUCUGUGCCGCUGCACCGCUGACCGUCGCUGGUGGUGUCAUCGCCGACAUGUGGGAUCCCGUCGGACGCGGCUUUGCCAUGAGCCUCUUCUCGUGCGCCGUCUUCAUCGGUCCCGUCCUCGGUCCCAUCAUCGGCGGCUUUGUGACGCAAUCCUACCUCGGCUGGCGAUGGGUCUUCUGGGUCAUGAUGAUCUUUGCGGCUCUCUGCUGGGUCAUGAUCCUCAUGUUCAUGCCCGAAACCUUUGCGCCGGUGCUGCUGAUGCGCAAGGCCAAGCGACUGCGCAAGCUGGACCCGGAGGGCAACAAGGAUCUCUACGCACCUCACGAGAAGAGCGACUGGUCCGUUGGUGGUAUUGCUCACCGAACGCUGCUGCGACCCUUCCAGAUCCUGAUGAAGGAGCCCAUCCUGGUGCUGGUCACCAUCUACCUCUCGGUCGUCUACGGUAUCCUAUAUGGUCUCUUCGAGGCGGUCCCGGUCAUCUUUGAGAUGACGCGCGGCUUCAACCUUGGCGAAUCAGGGCUGAUCUUCAUCGCUGUCGGUCUCGGCACCACCAUCGGUGGCAUCAUCAACGUCUUUGUGCAGCUUCGAUACCGUCAGCUGACGCCCUUCUGGCACGGCAUGCCUCCACCCGAAGAGCGACUGUGGGGCUCCAUGAUCGCCGGACCCAUCCUUGUACUUGGUGCCUUCUGGCUCGGUUGGACCGGAAACUACGUCGCCGUGCCGUGGUACGUUCCUGCCCUGGCCCUCGUCCCGAUCGGUAUGAGCUUCACGCUCGUCUUUAUUUCGCUGCUCUCCUACAUCGUCGACUGCUACACCGUCUACGCGGCAUCCGCUCUGGCCGCCAACACCAUCAUUCGUUCAGCUGUGGGAGCCGCAUUUCCCCUAUUCACCAGGCAAAUGUUCACUGGACUGGGCAUCAAUUGGGCCUCUACGCUGCUUGGACUCGUAGCUCUGGUCCUGACGCCGUUCCCAUACAUCUUCUACAUCUACGGAAGCAAAAUUCGCGGUUGGAGCAAGUUUGCGCCCGCCUUCGACCUCAAGGUGCGCAAAGAGCUCGAGGAGGAAGGCAAACUGCCCAAGGAUAGCCUCAACACCACCAGCCCCUUCGACCGCAACGGCCUCAAGCAGGCCAAGAAGGAUGCGGCUGAAAAGAAAGAUCCCGAGAAGAGGCAGUCGUCGUCGUAG